CGCUGCUGCUAGUAGUUGUCAAACUUACAGGCACGUGACGUGCGCGUUUCGUGGAAAGUAGAGUAACUCUAGUGGAAAGUGGAGUAGUUAUUCUAUUGAGCGUGACAGUUGAGACGCUAUUCCGUUUUAUCUUAUCUGUAUCUGUCAAAAAAUACUAAACCCAAGUUGAUUGAAAUCAAAUCGGGACAUUAAAUCGUCCCACAAGAUUGACAACGAACAAUGGCGCACUGGUUUCACCGUAAUGUGUUGAAAGCAACAUGGGCGAAUCAGAAGUUUGAGUUAAAAGUCUCCAAUUCUACGGACGCCACUAGAAAGCUUUGCAGUGACUUAAAGCUGUCAAGAGCCAGACUGCUGGAACUAAUCAGAAAUGCAAAUAAUACCAGUGAUACAAUAGAGCCUGCGUUUCUCAGUUAUCUCAGUUUGUUGUAUGGAUUUUUAUGGGAAGUCAAACCAUCUGAGGAAGAGGCUCAACAUGUUGGCAGACCCAAUCCUAGCAAGCUGAGAAAUGUUUUUGUGUUCAAGUGGACCCACACAUUACUUGGCUGUGGCACAUUUUCCAGCGCUGAUUCUGUUUACGAAGCAGCUAAUAUGAGUGUCAACGUAGGCCUUUGGUUUAUGAAGCAUGCAGCGAUGAUUGCUGCAAAAGAUGACAUAACAAUGAACGAGGCUAAAGAAGUACACAGUAUGCUAAGACGAGCUGCUGGUAUAUUUACCUUUGUACAGACUGAAUUUUUGCCGCAGUUGGAUAAUCCACCACCUUUGGGAAGUGAUUUAGAUCCUCGUGUACUAAACGCAUAUGUUAAUCAAUGCACAGCAGAAGCACAAGAAGUGACAGUGGCUAGAGCGGUAGAGCUCAAACAUAAUUCUAGCUUGAUAUCAGCUUUAGCCAAUGAGACUAGUAAGUUAUUUCUGGAUGCUGCUAAUACUCUUCGUUCAUUUAAGCCAGAAAUAAUCGCUCAGUGGACGAAAUAUUUGGAGCUUAAAUCAGCGUUUUAUCAAUCUUAUGCUUAUAAUUAUUGCGGUGAAAACUUGUUGUCAAUGGAUAAGUGCGGCGAAGCGAUACGAGCAAUGCAGGAAAGCGAUUUAUGUUUAAAAAAAGCGAAAGCGCUCUGUCAAGAAUAUGGGAAAACGAACGGCCCUGCGCCACGCGUUAAACCAGAUCAGCAUGCUGUGUUUAAACGCUUGGCGCCUAUGGUGAAACUUACUCUUGAUAAAUGUAAUCGAGAAAAUGGAUUGAUAUAUCAUCAUACAAUACCCGGCGAAGUUCCAGCCUUGGAUACUAAAGCUACUUACGGCUUAGUCAGUCCGAUCGACUUUCAAAUGCCGUCACCAAAUCCUAUCUGGAAUUUGGGUACAUAUGACGUGUUAGCCGGAGCAGCGGCAGCGAAAGCAGGAAAGGAACAGAAUUUACCGCCAAUUAAAGAAGAGGCGAUUCAUCAAAGUAGCAAGGAGCCGAAAAACGCAAGCGGUUGCACGCUACAAUAAGGCUCUCUAUGCGGAAUGAUAUAGGCCGUAAAUGCUUUUUCUUUUUCUGUCAAGGUGAUAUUAUUUUUAAUUGCAAUAGACAUGUGCCGACGAUCGAAUUAGAUAUACGUGUGCGCGUCGCAUGCACGCAGGUACAAAUCCCGUUGUGUGAAAUGCGUGAAGUAUUAAUAUUGUUAGAUAAAAAAAAGAAUACAGGAUAAUUAUCUGUUAUUAAAAUACUGUAAAUGUAUUUCAUUCAGUAUUAAAUAUUGCAUUAUGCAUGGAUAGAUAAACGACUGCAAAAGAGAGAUUAAUCUAGCUUAUCAGUGUACAUCUACUUUGUGUUGCACAUGUCUGAAACUUUCAAACGGGCAUCUUUUACAUUUGUGUUAAUGUUAAAUAACAUAUAUGA